GAAUCGUGGUGGAAAUCGCGUCACUAGAAUGGCGAGGCACAACAAAUCUAACUUACCGGGGAGACCGAUGUAUCAGCCAAAAGACGGUAGCCUUGGCCUUUUGGGAACACUUCCAGUUGAGCUUCGGUUGAACAUCUUCGAAAUCGUCCUUGAGAUUCAUCGUCCAAUCACGGCGCGAAAGUGUUGCGGAAUUCUUGGCCACUUAACCAAACCGUGUCGAUUACACGCGGCAAUCAAGCAGAACUACCGUACGCUCAACCGAUAUCGAUUUGCGUUGCUUUCCAUCUCGCGAGGUGUAUACAAUGACGCUAUACGGGUGAUGCACAACAAGAUGAGGGUCCAUGUAGACGUGACCAAUCUCAUUAUGGUUCACAAAGGGGCAAUUGGGUACGGAGGGAAGCCUUAUCACACUAUGUGGCGCCGGAUAUGUCGAUAUCGUCUCAUCGACCUCAUCGUUCCUGUGACUGCUAUCAAGUUUGACCAAUCAGAAGAAUGCGUCACCAGUCUUUUCGACUGCAUCGAUAUGCUCUUGGAUAAGUGGAACGCGGAGAACAGCCCCAAAUCUGCACAAAAGGUUCGGGAAAUCACAAUACACCUUGGCAGGAUAUUCAGCACAUACCGCCCGUUUAAAGCCGCCAAGCUAGAAAAUCCGAAGAUCAAGGAGGAGCAAGCGCGACUGCUGAACGUGUGUUGGGAGAAUCUCGAGAACUCAGUAAAAUUGAUUGCUCUAAGGGGUGGGGAAGCGAAUUGGACCUUCACUGUCAACUCCGAGGUUGACGCAAGUAACAGAGUUGGUCAAAGGAUGCUGAAUAUGUUUCGAGAAAUUCUAGAGGAAGUUGGUGUUGAGUGCCAGGAGGGAGUGGCCCAAGAUGUUUCUGUAAUGGAAUCGAGGAGCGCGACGGGCGGUACACAUCGGCGUUUCGUCGACUGAAGCCUGUCAAGAAAGACAUGAAUGCCCGUAUGUGUUGUGGACAUGUAGAAAGCUG